UCAGUUUGCUCGCGCUGCCCGCGCAGCUCACUCGUGUGUUCAAAUUCUCGCUGUUACUCACGUGAACCGACUUUCCGAUACGAAUUUGGAACGUUUCCGACCGGUAAAGUCGGUUUAACUGUCGCUUUUAGGCGAACAAUUUUGCGACCGCCUAAAUUUCGCAUUGCGAUUGGCAGUGCGAUUGCUUCACUCUGUUACGCUACCGUCUUAACAGAUAACUGUGAAGAAACGUGUGCAAGCUGUGUGUGUUGCGGAGUCGGCAGAAGUCGGCAGAUUGUGCUUUAUCAGUGCUGUGGAAUGGAUGUGUUUUGUGGAAAGUGCUAAUUUUGUUUGGUUCGAGACUUACGAUACGUUUCACUGAACGCGAUACAAAAAGUGGUUUUGUUAUCGAGUUCAUGUGACUACCGGAGUAUUGAUACGCUGUGCUUUCCCCCUGUCCAGAGCUUGAUUUAUGGACCGACCGGCAAAGAUCAACGCGGCGAACCAGAACAGAAUAGCCAACCAAAAUGUGACCACCGAACGAGUAACCAAACCAACAAAAACCAUACAAAUUCAUGAAUCCUGCAAGAUUACAUGAUUCACAACAAUAUUUAUUGUAAUUAAUAACUUUAGAUAACGAAUCUAGUCGCCAUAGCACUAUUUAAACGAAGCAAUUUAGACUUUAUUUUACUAGAAGAUACGGUUGAAGAUCGUAUUCAAGUACAAAGAUUAAGGAAUUGAGGAGACAGUACAAACGACUCGUGGGGACCCUAAUGUUGAUUUAGGAGUAAAUUGAUUCGAUUAGAAGUUCCCUGAGAUAACACGAACAAGAUGUCUACAAGUUUUGAACACUCUUCGAUGAAGAGUAGCUUCUCGUUGUCAUCUUUGAGGAGCGCGCCCGCGCCGCCUGGUGGCCGCUGUGAACAACUCGAGCGGCCGUAUCAUAGUCUCACGAAAAAGAGGAAGGAGCCAUGUCGCGAAGCUUGGCGCCGCAGCUGGGGGUCCGCGGCGAGCGGCGGCAGCGCCGGCGACGACCUGUGGCCGCUGCUGCAGCACCACUACGACUACAUCAUGGACAACCAGAUCAUUGAUAGCUGCAAGGAAGCGAAUGGCGAGCUUCUCUCCCGUAACCCAGCACUGCACUGCCCGCGCCUGCUGAACCCGACAUCUGGCUUCAACCGCCAGUGGUCGCUGAGUCAGCUGGUCGCGGAGUUCAAUGAACUGUGCCAGUGGCUCAGCCACGUGCAGGAGGAGAUAUAUUCUAGUCCCGAGAACUUGUCCAGCAGGAAACUGAGGAUAAAUCGUAUGACGGAGCUGGUGUCAGUGGAGCCGCGCCGCGCCAAGUUCAUAGAGCAGGGCACCGCUAUACUCGAACGUAUACCGGAGGCCAGUGCUGAAGUGACGUGGCGGAUAGAACAUUUGAAUGUGAAGUGGGAAGGUCUCCGGUUGCUACUUAGUCCUGAGCAGCAGCAUCGUGAAGGAGACAGUUCUGACACAGUUGACACAGCUCACGAGUUGAAAUGUCUGCGGCGUUGGCUGCACUGCAUGGAAGGUCGGCUGCCUCCGCCGUCGCUGGCGGCAGCGAGAGGAGCUUCAUACCACGAGCUGCUGAGGAAACUCGGUGAACAUAAGGUAUUACAACGCGACGUGGAAUGCCACGGUCGGAUCGUGAGUUCGGUGGUGCGGCUGUGCGGCGGUGGAGACGCGGCGCGUGCGCUUGAGAGACGGUGGCACCUGCUCUACCUGAGGGCUAUUGAGUGGCAGUGCCAUCUGGAAGCCUGUCUUGCUAGGAUCGAUAAUCAGGGCUGCAUAUCAGCAGAAGCUGCGAGCGACAGUGACGACGAACCUGCUUUGAAGCAGCCGCGGCUGAGCAGGCGAGGGUCCCCACGUAGGCAGAGAACUCCAGUCAAUGCGAGACGACGGGACAGCUCGCUGGAUAGCAGACAAUCUGCGUCAGAGGAGGAACAAGAAUAUGUGUUAAAGUACACGUGGCGCGGCUUCGGGUCGGACUGUGAGUCGGAGUUAGAUAGAGCGAAGUACACAAACAUGGCGGACGAGAGACGAGUGCCUGGCGCUUGUGACGUCACUGCCAGGACCACGGACCAGACAGUGCCUGCGACAGAUCAUGUGGAUGGACUGGAAACACACGUCAAUAUUGAGGAUAAAUUAAAAACACCUCCAACGGUUAUUAAAAGGAAGAAGCCAGUGGACACAUCGAAAUUUAACCAAACCGAUCGCAAAUCGAAACAUUUAGCUACAUUCUACUUUAGACACCAUGACACGGACUCCGACAGACAAAUGAUCGAAACAGAGAAAUCACAGGAAGAAUCCAGCGAAGAAGAGUGGACCUACGUAGGUGGUGCUAAAAUUGGGAACGAAGACUCCACUGAUAUAAUGACGUCAUCCGUUGAAAUCCAGUGCGAGUUACCUCUCGAUGAAAAGAAGGAUAAGCCACCUUCUCCGAAACCGAAGCUAGAGUCGUCGACACCAGAUUUGCUGAGAGUGGAAAGGUGUAAAGAUAUAGAGAGGUUGGUGAAUCAGGCUGAGGAACUGGUGCAGAAACAGGCGCUGUCCAAGAAGAAAGGGUCGAGGAGCUUCAAGCCGUUGUCGUUUGAUGAGGACGGGAAGAAUGUGAGCAGGAACAAAAUGUCAAGGAUUAAGGAAUGGUUGAACCAGAGCUCGGAAGGCAAGAGUGAUAACAAUCAGUUCUGUUCCUUCCAGGGUACGGAAAGCUAUGACGCCUCAGGAGAAUACACGACCGAAAGUGAAGUGGACACCUCGUUGACAUCCGAAGAACGAAACAUUCACUCCUCCAUGGAUAUGAGCACUUCUACCUGCACUGUAACUCCCACACACCAUGCCAAGGUAACACUCCGUAAGAAGCGAGCUGGCAACAGUGCACGGCCGUGGUCUGUCUCCUGCCUAUCGCAACUGAGCGGCGCCGGCGCGUCUCUCGUGGCCACGCCCACAGCAGGCGACGUUGCCGCUAUGUCACACAACAUGUCUAUCUCUGAAUCUGCUUUGAACACACUCGCGUCACCACAAAGAGUUACUCCAGCAAAUUCGAACUCCAAACUCCGUGGAAGUUCGACCACUGUACAGGGUCAUGUAUCAAGCACGAACACGAUGACAGAAGCUUGCACGUCGUGCGUGGAAGCGAGCGACAAGCACGGCUGGUUACGACGAAAGCGGUUGAAGUUUAGACGCAACAACACCGCCGUGCGGAGGGGAGAGAGGCUCGUCAAGUCCCUCUCUUUCUGCGGGAGACUGAGCCCUGAGAUAGAGGAUAAACAUGAGAGGAGUGCCGCCAGUGAUCCAGCUACUAGCAGGAAGAGCAGGUUCGACACAACAUCGACAUCAGGCAACGACAGCGACGAGGAACUAAUCAAACAACAGCUAGCCACCAUCGCCCACCUGCGCAAGAGCAUCGAAAAGACCCACAUCUCGACUAGGGAAACCGAUAGUGCCAUUCCAGAACAAAAUGAGGCCGAGCCUGUGGCCCCGAGCUUUAAACUGGGCCCAGCUGGAGGACCCGUCAGGCCACGACUCGCUCGAAGCCUUGAGAGGGAGAGGAACUUCAUAGCCCUCAGUUUAGGGGACCCCAGUCGGCUGUGGGACUUAUCUAUUGACAAGGACUCCGAUGUAGACAAAAGUGUGACCGCUGGAACUGAAGAACAUAGCUCAUUCUCUGAACAAGCGUGGGAUUUCUAUCAGGAAAAGUACAACUCGGAACCCUAUUCAGAAGCUCCAGACUCAGACGCGGCGCGCCGCCUGCUAGAGUUCGGCGACGACUACCGCGCGUUCCUCGACUCGCAGUCCGACUGCUGCUCCAGCUUGUCAGCGCAGCCCGAGAACGACCAGAGCCCCAGUGGCACCCGCCGCCGCCGCCCUCCGUCCGAUGUAUCUAGAGAACGAAGCCUCCCACGACACAAGCGACCUACCAGAAACUCGCCGAUAGAAACGCCCUCCAGAAAACCCAAAAAGUCCAUGUCUAGUGCUGAACGCAAAAAGUCGCUCCUCGACAGUCUCGAGCGAUCCAGAAACAAUACUAGCAUCGAAAGCAGUGAAGGUGUCCGUCGUCGUAAACCUUCGGAGAGCGAACGCAAAAACAGCAAGCGAUCGCCCGAAUUCGACUUGCUCAACGUCCAGGCUCUGAGCCGCAGACGACACAGCUCAAACAUGACCAGCGACGAGGUGAACAGCUCGCUGGAGUACACCGAGGUGAACAACCGCCCCGAUAUACUGGACUCGCUGGGCAGGCGGAGGAGGACAGACAAUGGCGAGUCGGAACUGCAGAAGAUCGCGUUGUCAGAGCUGCGGCGGCGGUCGACAGAGAGCGUGGAGUCGGAGGACGAGUCGUCGAGCCCCACGAAGCACAGGCGGCGCAGCUGGGACUCGGGCUCGGAGGGCGAGGCGGUGCGCGCGCUGGUGCAGCGCUCGGGCGCGGCGCUGGGCGCGGCGGAGGCGCUGCUGGCGCGCCACGACGCCGAGCCCGACCUGCUGCGCGCCUUCGACUACACGGAGAUCGUCAAUCGUUGCCGGGAAAAUAUCAACCUGUUAGAUGCGGCCUUGGCAAGCGGCUCACUUUCAUCCACUUUGCAACGUGACGUUAGAGCUGUAUCUGCAAGAUGGUCAGCUCUCCGUGCAGCGGCCACCAGACGCGGCGGUGCUCGGCGCCUGCGCAGGGAGAUGGCUGCACUACGGGAGACACUCGACGAUAUCUGCGAACCUGGCGAUUGUGCCCCUCAACCACACACCAGGGCUCAGCUACAUAGAAGAAUUGAGGAACUAAAGGAACGUCUAUCUCGUCUGCUGGAAUGCAAGGUAUCGAUGCUGAAGCUGACUGUGUCAGUGCGUCGUGCACUUGGCGACAUGGAAAAUGAUGACGGAGGACUGGCUGCUGACUUGGCAUCCCUGCUCUCUGCAUGGGAUGAUGCUCAUCAACGGACUUCAAACGAACUCUUAUCUCUGGAAAAAGCGGUCUGCGCUUGGGCAGAAUGGGAAAGUGCUCUCCGGGAGCUUCAGGGUGCUCUAAGAGGAGACCUGGCGACACUGGAGUCAUUGAGAGACCGUGGUGCUGUGACUGGGGACCAAACCGAAGUGGCUGCUCAAAUAAGGCAAUUGGCUGCGUCACUUGUGGAUAAAAAGAAGGGUGGUUCGACAUGCGACUCAUUGUCCGACUCUGGUAUAUCGGACGGAGACAGCGAAGGUGCUGGUCGACGUGCCAGACGGCUCAGUGCAUUGCGGGAGCUAGCUAGGCGCCUGCAAGCUGCUCUAGCACCUAACUCGCCAGCUCAGAGAGCUAUAGCUAAGCGUAUGGAACAAACUGAGAACGAAGUGCGCACGUUGCAAGAAUCCUGCCGUGCGCUAGUAGAACUCAGCAUUCCGGAUCUUAAGAUUGAGGAGGAAAGCAGGGACAAAACGAUUGCUGCCGUGACAAGCAGCAAGACUGGUUCAGGCGACCCUGACUACAGUCCCCGCGGAGGUUGGGUGUGGAGAGUACUUCGGUCCUCGCUGCCCAUACAGUUGUGCCUCGUGGCCCUGCUCCUAGCCGCCUGGCUGGUCGAACGCCCACGAUGCUGCGACGCCCUCAACUCUCUAGCUCAGACCCUCACUCCUCAACUCCGCUACGUGCGCGGACCACCACCAGUCUGAACACUCACACAAGACGUGUUCACACACAUGCGACGAUUUCUAGCUAGUAUUAGCUUAAACCUUCGGGUUGCAGUACUUGCAGUAUUCAGCACACUAUUUGUGCUUCUAUGCCAAUUGAAGUAUUCAAGGCUUCGGUUCUAAGACGUUUAUUGACGGUAGAUAAACUAAUUAUCGGAAGCGACGGUAGCGUGGAUUGCGUGGAGCAAUAAUUUUUAUUAUUAUACUAACUUUUUUUGACGAUUAGGUAGAAGAGAUUUGAAAUGAAUUGAGGUUUUUGAUUGACGUUGUUACUAACAUAGGAAUGUACGUGUCAAUGGAUAAAUUUGAGAAAAAGAAAUGACGGACGUGAUGUGUAGAAGUAACCAAUUUAUUAUUACGUUUUAUAACAACAUUUUCUAGAAGAAACUACUUAGAUGUGUCUAUUGGAAUGACUAACCUUUGGAAGGCAGAAUGAAGUUAAUUUAGACCCGUUCGCAAUAUUAGACAUUUUUAAUUGCUCAUGGCAAAAAAAGUUCAAAUAGAAAAAAGGUGUUCCAAAAAAAAUGUAAUCAUCUGUAUCAGAUGAAGUUCAAAAUAGUUAGUCUAUAUUUUAGUAUAAUGUACUAACAUUGACAAACGUUUCUUAAGUUUGUACGUAGAGUAGAAGCAUGCCUAUUUUAGUACAAUUAUUUGAUAGAUUACUUAAAAUAGGUGAGAAUGCGCUGUGUGACAGAUAUUCUACAAAAUACCUACCUAACUAAUAUAUUUAUAAUAUAAAAAAUGCAUCAGCAACUUUUUCGUAAUGUUAUUGGCAAUUCAGUAACCUUAGUAUAAGUUUGCUUUACAUUUAAAGUAAUCGAAAUGAGAGUUCUGAUUGGCGGGCUCAAAUAAACUAACCAAUGAGAGCGCCGAACGCGUUCUCGUUUGGUUUUUGUUCAACGUAAAAUAGACUCGUACUAAGGGUACCAAUAUUAUGUUUUGGUGAGUUAUUCUGGAUUAUAUCUUGAUAAUAUUAUGAUAUACUCAAUGUAUAUUUAAUAUUUUAUAAUCAAAGCUUACUAAAUAGUGAGCCCACAGAGCAACUCCACUGGAACGUUUUUUUACCUUUGACAAGUAUCUAAUCAUUUUUAAUUCGUAUCAAAAUAUUACGAAAAAGUCGCUGAAAAAUAUUUAGACAACGAUUUACUUCUACUUCGGAAAACUAUCAGCUCUCGUUUUAUAAGUUACAGAGUGGCCUUACCUGAAGAAUAUUUAUAAAGACUGAUAUAAAACUAGUGCAUCAAUUCAACAUUUGAUUCAAUACAUAUCCAUUAUAUUUUAUAUCUUGUGUCAUUUACCUAUAAAUAAAACAUUUUUUAAUAAAACGAAAUAUUUUACGCGGCAAAAGUACAUCAAUUUGAAUCCAUAGACUAAAAUGAAUAUCGCGCUAAAAAAAUAAAACAUACGGCCUGUGCCGUAAAGUAUCGACAUUGUUAUCGAUUAGUCGUAACGAUGUUACAUGUCUCGAAUAGAUUUUCAACAAUCGUUUUUUAUUACACAAUUAAAAUUAUUAUUAAAUUUAAAUUUAAUUAAAUUACAGUUAUUACUUUUGCCGCUUGUUCCUUCCUUAUUGGUUUAAAACUUCAAUUAGUAAUUAUAAUAAAUUCCCAAAUUAUUGCCAAGUAGGAAUAUUAUCUAAUUAUGUUUAUAAAAUAUUUCUGGUUUGUUUUUUAUUCUCAUGAAAUUAAAUAAUUACCUGUUCCAAAUAUAUAAUUUUGAAUACCAUUGAAUAAAGAUUAUGUGCCUGAUAUAAUAAAAUUAGAAUUUAUUAUUUUCAUUGUUAUUCAGUUUUUAUUUUAUGAUAUUUAGUUUUAAAUAUGUGUAAUUAUUUAUUCUAUUGUCAAUUAUUUGUUGAAUUAUUUUUAAUUAACUAAGUACCUAUUUAAUGUCAAUUAUUUCUCCCUAUUAGCCAUGAAUUUUAUGACAUUUUAAUAAUACUUAGAUUUAAAUGUUAUAAUGUAUCUUAUAUGUUUAAUAGUAUGUACCGUUUAUAGUAUUUAUUUACAAUUUAUAUUAUUAAGUAAUAUAUGUCUUUCAAAAUCUAGAAAGACUGGCUUCAGUCUAAAUCAUCUCCAAUGCUUAAUAAUUUAUAACGUCAUUAUGAUAUUGUUAUAAAUUAUUAAAUUUUGGAAAACAACAUUUUCUAAAAAUUAGACCAUAAACAAAAAAAUAACAUGCUUUUAUCUGUGUUAUUUUUCGACGAUUGGUCAAACAAACACCACAAUUGCAUGGUAUAUUAUCACAUGUACAUUGUCAAAAAUAUACCAUUUAGGUAAACGUGGUAUAUUUUUAACCAAUCGUAAGCUACUUAACCGGUCAAUUAUUUUUAUCAUUUUAUAUGACGCUUAUUAUAGAUACAUGAUAAUGAAAUGAGUGUUACAACCCGUUUACAUUAAUAUCCUGAAUAAAAUAAAACAACUAUCAACAGUCUCUCUAAUAGACAUGAUAUAAUAUUUCAUCAUUUUGCUCAAAUUACCUUCUGAUUUUUUUCAAAAAAGUCUUGAAUUCGAUCUGAAAACUAGGAAAAAACAAAUUAUAUAUUAUUAUACUUUAAUUAUGAAAAGUUGUUUCGUAAUUAAAUAAUGUUAUAUUUCCACCAUGUUUGUUGUGGCGUAUCUAUUGAUGUAAAAACAUAAUUUGCUUUCAAUGUGUGAGCAGUCCAAAUAGGACAAAUGUAAAAUGCCUUAGUAUGACUGUCUUGUGUGGCGCAUUCUUAUAACGAAUGUAUAAUUAGUAUGUAAUUAAGUACACUCUCUCUGUGGUUUGCUUAAAAAAAGUUUUUCGUGGUAUUUUUUUACCCUACCAAAGUAGUAGGAUUUCAAAAUUUUAUUUUAUUGUAUAGAAAAAACCACAGCGAAAGUACUUCAAACAUUCUAUUAUUUUCCUAAUAAGGCAGUCAAUGCCCCUAGUAGUGUGUCAUAUUUCUUUUAAUUUUUAUAUUUUAGUGUUUAACUAGAUAAUUGGAAGAAAAUAGACAUGCUAUGGAAAUGCAUUUAAUUUUUUCUUUCUUUGGAAGGAUUUGAGAACGUAUAAUUAAUCGAUUGCAUUAUGGUAUGUUGGCUUUUGGAAUGGAAAUAAAAAUUUGAAUUUUA